UUCAACCUGGAGAGAAACAAGGACACCAGCGCCACAGAGAAACCAUGUAAAUGUGGGGACUGUGGAAAGGGAUUCAAGUACCCAUCGCUGCUGGAAAUCCAUCGACGCAAUCACACUGGGGAGAAGCCGUUCACCUGCUCUGUAUGUGGAAGGGGAUUCACUCAGUCAACCACUCUGUUGAGACACCAGCGGUUUCACACAGGGGAGAGACCGUUCACCUGUUGUGUGUGUGCAAAGGGAUUCACGCAGUCAUCCGAGCUACUGGUACACCAGCGAGUUCACACUGGGGAGAAACCAUUCACCUGUUCUGUUUGUGGGAGGGGGUUCACUCAGUUAUCCCAGCUGCUGACACACCAGCGAGUUCACACUGGAGAGAGGCCGUUCACCUGUUCCCUGUGCGGGAAGGGAUUCACCAAUUCAUCGAACCUUCUGACACACCAGCGAGUUCACACCGGCGAGAGACCGUUCAUCUGCUCCGUGUGUAAGAAGGGGUUCACAACUUCAUCCAACCUCCUGACGCACCAGCGAGUUCACACCCGGGAGAGGCCAUUCACCUGUUCAGUGUGUGCGAGGGGAUUCAGUCAGCUAGCCCACCUGCUGACACACCAGCAAGUUCACAAGUGACAACAAGGGGCAUUACGGAGGGAGGUUUAUAGAUGAGAAACCCAAAACAAACAUCACAUCAAAAUCUGACGGUCACUCGAUUCAUCAGGACUUGAAUAUCAUCGGCCGGGGAUGUGGAGGG